AUGGACAGUCUGAGGGAGGCGGUUGGCCAGGCAUCUGCAGGCACAGGGGAGGUCAGGCGAGUCAUCACCCAGUCCACCUUCCAGCCGCGCGCAGCAGCCUUCACCUCCCUCAUACAGCAGUGUGCGCGCGCCAAGAACUGGCAGAAGGCACUCGAGGUCUUCGAGACCAUGAAGGAGUACCCUGCAGUGAAGGCCAAUGUGAUCACCUACUCUGCGCUGAUAAGCGCGUGCAGCUCGUGCGGGCGCUGGCAGGAGGCGGAGAGCCACUUCCAGGACAUGCUGGCCGCCAGCGAGACGGACCCAGACUGCGCACCCAACACCAUCACCUACUCCAGCCUCAUCACCGCCUGCGUGCGAGGAGGCCACCUAGACAGAGCGCUCGUCUGGUACCACAAGAUGCAAGACAACGGUGUCGACGCCGACUUCAUCAUCUACAGUGCGCUGCUGUCGGCAUGUGAGCGCGACUUGGAUCAGGCGCUGCAGUUUGUGGACGAGAUGCACGCAGCUGGUGUCUGCCAUGCGCCAGAGACCUACGCGAAACUCAUAGAGCGGUGUGGGAAGGCGGGCAGGUGGGAGGAUGCUGUGGAGCUCUUCCUGGGGAUGCAAGUGGCCGGCACGGAGGCCACCAAGGGCAUCUGCCUCGUGCUGCUGGGGGCGCUCAAGGCCUGCGGCCAGGCGCGGCCGGCUCUGCAGCUGCUGGACGCGAUGGCUCAGGCUGGCAUAGGCCCCGAUCGCGAGACGCAGAUGGCGGCGUUGCGUGUGUGCGCAAAGGCCGGGGCAUGGACCCCCGCACUCCGGAUCUGGGAGAAGCUUGAGGGCCGGGGGGCCUCAGGCGCGGCGCCGCACGACGCGGCCGCAGCCGAGCUUGUUGUCGAGGCCUGCCGGGCAGGCAAUAACGCGACGAAAGCCUCCGAGCUGGAGACGCAGUUCCGGCGUGCGGGGCUGUUUAUUAACCGCGCCGGGGGUUCCCGGCCGAGCUCGUCCCCCGUGUCGCGCGCCGCCUCCCUGGCGUCGUCGGCUCGAUGA